CAGUGCACUGUGUUUGGCAUGCCCACAUGGAGAGAGGCGACCACAGUGGUGAUCAUAAGCCCAUGGUGGGCAGAGGCCCUAUGGAGCCCAGGGUUCCGGCGGCCACCCCCACUCUGCCACCAGCAGCGCUGUCAGGGCCUCGCUCUUCCUCCUCCUCCUCACACGCCGGCUCGGAUGAUCUCCUGCCAUGACUCAGCGCUUCUCGCAGGCUGCCCUGCUGGGGACACCGGCUUCGCUCGGGCCUCUCCCGACGCGUCCACCCCCUCUCGCCACCCACGCCCGCCCCUAGCCGCUGGGCCUUUCCCAGUGCGGCCGCCGCCGCCACAGCUGCAGUCAGCACGGGCACCCCAGCAGCAUCCGCCGCCUGCACCGCGCGCGCCGCCCGCCCCGGCCUGACCCCGCCGCCGAACCCGGCGCCAGCCAUGGAGCCCGAAGUCCCCCGUCGCCGCCACACCCAUCAGCGCGGCUACCUGCUGACGCGGAACCCUCACCUCAACAAGGACUUGGCCUUUACCCUGGAAGAGAGACAGCAAUUGAACAUUCAUGGAUUGUUGCCACCUUCCUUCAUCAGUCAGGAGAUCCAGGUUCUUAGAGUAGUAAAAAAUUUUGAGCGUCUGAACUCUGACUUUGACAGGUAUCUUCUCUUAAUGGAUCUCCAAGAUAGAAAUGAAAAACUCUUUUAUAAAGUGCUAACGUCUGACGUUGAGAAAUUCAUGCCUAUUGUUUAUACUCCCACUGUGGGUCUGGCUUGCCAACAAUAUAGUUUGGUGUUUCGGAAGCCAAGAGGUCUCUUUAUUAGUAUCCACGAUCGAGGGCAUAUUGCUUCGGUUCUCAAUGCAUGGCCAGAAGAUGUCAUCAAGGCCAUUGUGGUGACUGAUGGAGAGCGUAUUCUUGGCUUGGGAGACCUUGGCUGUAACGGCAUGGGCAUCCCUGUGGGUAAAUUGGCUCUAUAUACAGCUUGCGGAGGGAUGAAUCCUCAAAAAUGUCUGCCUGUCAUUCUGGAUGUGGGAACCGAAAAUGAGGAGUUACUUAAAGAUCCACUCUACAUUGGACUACGGCAGAGAAGAGUAAGAGGUUCUGAAUAUGAUGAUUUUUUGGAUGAAUUCAUGGAGUCGGUUUCUUCCAAGUACGGCAUGAAUUGCCUUAUUCAGUUUGAAGACUUUGCCAAUGUGAAUGCGUUUCGUCUCCUGAACAAGUAUCGAAACCAGUAUUGCACAUUCAAUGAUGAUAUUCAAGGAACAGCAUCUGUUGCAGUUGCAGGUCUCCUUGCAGCUCUUCGAAUAACCAAGAACAAACUGUCUGAUCAAACAAUACUAUUCCAAGGAGCUGGAGAGGCUGCCCUAGGGAUUGCACACCUGAUUGUGAUGGCCAUGGAAAAAGAAGGUUUACCAAAAGAGAAAGCCAUCAAAAAGAUAUGGCUGGUUGAUUCAAAAGGAUUAAUAGUUAAGGGACGUGCUUCCUUAACACAAGAGAAAGAGAAGUUUGCCCACGAACAUGAAGAAAUGAAGAACCUAGAAGCCAUUGUUCAAGAAAUAAAACCAACUGCCCUCAUAGGAGUUGCUGCAAUUGGUGGUGCAUUCUCAGAACAAAUUCUCAAAGAUAUGGCUGCCUUCAAUGAACGGCCUAUUAUUUUUGCUUUGAGUAAUCCAACUAGCAAAGCAGAAUGUUCUGCAGAGCAGUGCUACAGAAUAACCAAGGGACGUGCAAUUUUUGCCAGUGGCAGUCCUUUUGAUCCAGUCACUCUUCCGAAUGGACAGACCCUAUAUCCUGGCCAAGGCAACAAUUCCUAUGUGUUCCCUGGAGUUGCUCUUGGUGUUGUGGCGUGUGGAUUGAGGCACAUCACUGAUAAGAUUUUCCUCACUACUGCUGAGGUUAUAGCUCAGCAAGUGUCAGAUAAACACUUGGAAGAGGGUCGGCUUUAUCCUCCUUUGAAUACCAUUAGAGAUGUUUCUCUGAAAAUUGCAGAAAAGAUUGUGAAAGACGCAUACCAAGAAAAGACAGCCACAGUUUAUCCCGAACCUCAAAACAAAGAAGCAUUUGUCCGCUCCCAGAUGUAUAGUACUGAUUAUGACCAGAUUCUACCUGAUUGUUAUUCUUGGCCUGAAGAGGUCCAGAAAAUACAGACCAAAGUUGACCAGUAGGAUAAUAACAAACAUUUCUAACUCUAUUAAUGAGGUCUUUAAACCUUUCAUAAUUUUUAAAGGUUGAAAUCUUUUAUAAUGACUGAUAAAAUGCUUAGAUUAAGAUUUUACUUUAACAGUCUAAAAAUUGAUAGAAGAAUAACGAUAUAAAUUGGGAUAAACAUCACAUGAGACAAUUUUGCUUCACUUUGCCUUCUGGUUAUUUAUGGUUUGUAUCUGAAUUAUUCUGCCUACAUUCUCUUUAAAAGCUAUUGUACCUACUACUGAGAUACUCAUCGUUUUUAUACAGGAAGCUAAUGGGAAGACCAAAAUUAGUAAUAAAUUGAUAUAACCAACAUUAAAACCCAUAAUUAUUUUGUUGACCAUUUUGUUAAAAUCUACUUUUCAAAAAAAAAAAAAAG